GACAGUAAUGACAAUCGCCCAGUGUUUAGUCAGGAGAUUUACCAAAUUGAAAUACAGGAAAAUGUCCAAUCGGUACUUCAAUCUUUAAAAUGAAUGCAACAGAUCCAGAUGAAGGCACCAAUAGUGAGAUUCAAUACAGUCUUGGAAAAACUCUGAAGAAAAAAGUGUAUGACAUUUUUGAAUUGGACAAAUUAACUGGAGAAGUAAGGGUAAAAGGAGUGUUGGACUAUGAGGAGAACAACGUUUAUAGACUUGAUGUUGAGGCCUCUGAUAAAGGAACACCUCCACUGACUGGUGAGUGUAGAGUCAUUAUAAAAAUUAAAGAUAUCAAUGAUAAUCCACCUGAAAUAGAAGUCACAUCACUGUUGAACACAGUGCCUGAAGAUUCAAAGCCUGGAACAGUUAUUUCUCUACUUAGUGUUUCGGAUAAGGACUCUGGUGUCAAUGGAAAAAUUAUUACAAGCAUAACCUCAGAUGUUCCCUUUGAAUUAAAACCUUCUUAUAAGGAGAACAUAUAUUCAGUUGUCACCACAGAACUUCUGGAUCGAGAGCAGGUGCCAACUUAUGACAUAACAAUAAAAGCCACUGAUUGUGGUGACCCUCCAUUAUCUACUUUUAAAACUCUCAGUAUUCAGAUAUCAGAUGUAAAUGACAAUAAACCAAAGUUCUCUGAAAACCCUUUACAGUUUUAUCUGGUAGAAAAUAACGUUGCUGGAGCUUCAAUAUUCUCUGUGAGCGCAACAGACAAUGACAUAAAUGAAAAUGCAGCUAUUUCAUAUCAUAUUGUGAGGGAAGGAAGUCAAAAUGGUAUGACAUCAUUUAUUAAUGUAAACUCUGAAAACGGACACAUAACCGCGCUGAAAAGUUUCGACUUUGAAACAGUGAAAACGUUCCAGUUCCAAGUUGUGGCCACAGAUUCUGGAACUCCGUCACUAAGCAGCAACGUCACAGUGAACGUGUUCAUUCUGGAUCAGAACGACAACGCUCCAGUCAUCCUGUAUCCAGUCAGCUCCAACGGUUCUGCUGAAGGUGUGGAGGAGAUUCCCCGCAAUGUGAACGCAGCACACUUGGUGACUAAAGUCAGAGCCUAUGACGCUGAUAUAGGAUAUAACGGCUGGUUACUGUUUUCACUGCAGGAAGUGACUGAGCACAGUCUCUUUGCUUUGGACCGCUAUACAGGACAGAUCAGAACACUUCGCUCAUUCACAGAGACAGACGAGGCUGAGCAGAAACUGGUCAUACUGGUCAAAGACAAUGGAAACGUUUCCCUCUCUGCAACAGCUACUGUCAUUGUCAAAGUUGUGGAGCCCAAAGAGGCUUUUGCUGCUUCUGAUGUUAAAAGUGCAACAAACGAUGAUGAGGAGAGUAAUGUGACUUUUUAUCUCAUGAUAACUUUGGCCUCAGUUUCAGCACUUUUUCUCAUCAGCAUCAUCGUGCUCAUUGCAAUGCAGUGCUCCAAAUCCACAGACUACACUUCCAAAUAUCUACAAGAGGCUAAUUAUGACGGGACACUGUGUCACAGCAUCCAGUACAGAUCUGGAGAGAAACGCUACAUGUUAGUGGGACCCAGAAUGAGUAUAGGAUCUACUAUAGUCCCCGGCAGCCAUGCCAACACACUAGUGCUCCCUGACAGGAGGAGGACUUCUACAGAGGUAAGAGCAUUUAGCCCUACGUCAUAA